UUUAAUUUUAAAUGAUAAAACUUUAGUAAAAUACGAAAUAUUGUUUAUUGAUUCUUUGUUUUAUUUUGUAAAGAUAAGUAAUUUGUACGGCAAGUGCAAGCGAUAACGAUUAAUGAGUCGUCGUUGAAGUUUAUAUAUUUUAUUGCGAGUAAUUUAACGAAAUUAAAAUGAAAAUAAAAAGAACUCCCCAACGAAGUAACAGCGAGAGUCCCAGCAAAAAAGCUAAACAUAUAUUUAAUAAUGAUUAUUUUGAAAAUAUAUUAGAUGAAAGCGGUUUACAAUUACACAAUCCUCCUCAGAAGUGCAUAGCUUCAAAUGAAACUGUAACACUUAUCCGAAAUAUAAAGAAGAAUUUGCAAAAACACAAAAACUAUCCUCGAAACGUAUCAGAAUUUUUCGAAAAUUUAAAAGAACGCUGCAAUGAUCCAGCAUACUUGAAGCACUACUUAUUUCCGAACAUAGUUAGAGUAGCGGGCGACAAUUCCAGUGAAUUUUCAGUAAACGACAGUCUCAUUAAAAUCUUGUUAAAUGUUCCGAUAAUUCAAAGUAAACUUAUCGAUUAUAUUUUUGAAAAAGCUAUCGAUUUCGCCGCAGACUCUAAAUGUGGACAGUGGAUACAAAUGAUAUUAAAAUGUUUUUCAUCGUUAGAUAAUAUCGUCGAUAGUGAAAAAAUCUCCAAAAAUCUUAUCAAUCUCUUGGAUGUUACUUCAGAAAAUAUGGUGCGCUUAGAAAUUAUAACAGCCAUCCCAGACAUUAUCGGAGAUCAGGCUCAUGAAAAUAUAGCAAAUGAGAUGAGUCGAAUCUUAAGUGAAGACCAUGAUCUCGUUCCCGCUAUUUUAGAAUGUCUGUCGUAUCUCUGUUUACCAGAUGAGCAGUACCAAGAACUGCAAAAGAAAACAUUAAAUAUAUUAAUGUCAUUACCAAAAUGUAAUUACUUUCCUAAUUUCAUCAAAUUUCUUUUGAUACCUGGCCGGACUAGUGAUGUUGCAUAUUUUGAAGCUGUCCAAGGACUGAGAAACGCUCUAGGAUGGCCAACAUCCUUUGAAAAACCCCAAGAUAUUGCUUCUAGUCAAGUUCUUACAUGUACUGCCAUAAGAAAUUCUAUGAUAUCAUCUAAAGUCAUUGCCAAUGCUUGGGUUAAAUUAGUUUCCAACUGUCAACAUAGUACUGACCACAGACCUAUCGAUUUUGUCAUUAUACUGAUAUUGUUCUCAAUAUCCGAAGAAAAACAAAAGCAGGUAGAGAAUAUAAUUAAAAAACAAAUAAAAUUAAAUAUUUUAAAUGAAGAUUUACUGAAUGAUGCUUUUGAAAAGUUUAAACCGAUCUUAAAAGAUUAUUUAAAACAUUUAUUAAGCUUAACAAAUUCCCUUUUAAAAACUAGAGGUGAUGUUGAGAUUCAAAAUUUUGCUUCUCACAUUUAUACAUUGAUGUUUUCUAAACUCCGUGAUUGUUGCCAGACUGUUGUCGCUGAACUGCUCCAACUGGGUUUGGAUAGCAAACAGUGCGUUAUGAAUAUACUAACAAUCUUUAACAGUGUCGCAGUUAAAGAUAUGUCAUUGUUGAAGCCUCAGAGUAAUCAAAUGUUGACUUUACUCGACAGGAUGGAUGAUAUGACAUUAUCAGAAAUAAGAGCCGUUAUGAAUUUAAUAUGUGGUCUUGCAUAUAGUUACGAAAAUUCGGUUAUCAGAGAUGAUAUACAUAUGAUUGUAAGAAAAGAAUUAGGAAGCUCGAAUCCUGUUGUAAAGAUUCAAGGUAUCCUUGCCGGUGUACAUGCUGUGAAAUAUUUGAUGGUUUCCAAAGAUGAAGAUCAUCCAGUAGAUUCUGUUGAUGAUGUAAGUUAUGGAACCAUUAGUCAUUUGCCAGAGGGUGACCUCCGAGAGGCAGCUCAAAUAAUUGAAUUAAUAAGUCGCAGUACAAGACAAUUUCCAGACAUGAUAGCAUUUUUUUAUGAUGAAUUAUAUAAAGUAGUGCAGUCAUCAACAUUUAUUAACAUACAAUUUCUUAAUUGGCUUACUGAUGCAGUGACUAAUGAUCUACAGCAAAAUUUUAUAGUUGAUUGUGUUGAAAGUGCAAAUAUUGAAGAUAUAAAACUGGACAUGCUGUACUGUCUCAAUACAGACAGUGAAAUGGAUGAAGUUAUAGCCAUUAAUAUAGGUGGAUUGACAUUGAAGCCUAAGCAAGAUGUCAGUAUUAAUAUAUUGUCUCCACUUUUUCAACUUGUACAAGCUUUGCAUACAAAAAAAUAUGAUGGAAAUUUGUCAAGUAUUGAUGCUUUGUUAGGAUGUCCAAUUGUAAUGCCAGUUGUAGAUAUUGACUUCAUUGAAAAUAUGAGUAAUACAACCAUUUCAAAUAUUUUAGAUUGUUACGUUCAUUGUGUUAAUUGGUUUCGCGAACUUUUGAAUGCAUUCGCUUCUCAUAAUGAUCCAGCCUUAAAGCCGAAGAUUUUAAAUAGAGUUUUAAAUAUAGAAAAACUAGAAAACAUGAUAGAAGACAUUUUGGCACAAAGUAAUAUAGGCUAUAAAGCACCAGUUAGUACUUUUAAUUUAAAUAAUAGUAACAUGCAGAUACAUGAGAAGAAAAAUGUUAAACUGCAGAGCAGUAAAUCAAAAACACAAAAAAAGACACAAGAUGUUUCAAUUCAAAGCGAAGGAAUUAAAACGCAAUCCAGUGUUCGUAACAAUAAUAAUGCAAUUAAAAAUAAAAGUCUCAUCCAGAAUAUUCCAUUUAGACCAUUUAGCUUAAAAUUGCUUAAUCUCUUGAAAAUUGAAUUGACGAGAGAUAAAGAACCUGAAAAAACGUUGACUAUUCAAACUUUUACUUUUAUUCUAAAACAUAUAAACAAUAAUAUAGAAAAUGUAUUGAUUUCUAAAAUUAAAAGAAAAACAUUAUUUUCAAAACAAGAUGAUUCUGAAGCUUAUGAUCAUAGCAAGGCAAGGGAGUGUGCAGAAUUAAUCAAUGAAGUGUUACCUAAACUAAUGGACCAUAUGAAGUUUAUUACUACAUACCUAGAUGAUCAAUACUUUAAUGAAAUGGAACAAGAAAAUAAAGAUGUUAUGUAUGAAAAAGAUAUUUUAGAAUAUCUUUGUGGUCUUGAAAAUAUAUUCAGUCUGUGUACUAUAUAUUUAAAAUGGAUUGGCUUUAAAAAUCAUCACAAAGCUUUGUUUAAAGAUUCUCUACGAGUAAUGGCCAAUUUGGAUAAUAAAAGUUCUAGUUUCGUGCAAGAUUUACUAUUACAUGUUGCAAAAGAUUUACAAAAGCAUGAAAAGUAUUGUAUUCAGCUCACUACUGCUUUAGCUUUAUUUGAGUACUUUAAAGCAAUUCAAGAAUAUUCUUCUAGUCCUACGCUAAUGCAAAUCGUAAGAGAUCUAGCUAAAAAGUUUCUUUCAAAACAGUGGAAAACAUUAGAUGGUAUUGCUGAAAAGGGACUUUUUCUUAAUACAUGUAUUGAUAACUUUGCUAAGGUGUAUUUCACAAAUAAUCCAAUGUCAGAACUGAAAAAUAUAACACUAUUAAUAGUUAAUGAUGUGAAACAGAUGGUGACUAUUCGGAAUAGUACAUUGAAUUCAAUUCAAAGUAUUAAUAAGUCUAAUUUUCCUAUUUUAUAUAGGAAUUUAGGAAGUGCUGUUUUAUUAGCAACUGAAACACAAAUAAAUAAAAGGUUAACUAAUAGUGAACAUUUAGAUUUGUGGAAAAAUGUUUGGCUGAGUUUGAAAUGUAUGUGUGAAAUUGCAAAAACUCUGGACAGCAGGAACAACUUAGUUUCCUUUUUUAAAAGAUCACUUCCGAUUGUAAAGUUAUUUAUAAGCCAUGGAAUACCCAUAGUAGAGUUGGAAUUCAAGAGUAAGACACAAGAAAUACUUGAGCUAUUGAAAAUUUUGCAACAAUGCACAAGAUUUCUGCAGUCGUUGUGUUGUCAUUCUAGAUUGAAAAAGGACACAGCUUUGAUUAAUAAAGUACCGUAUGUGAAGCAACUACUUGAAACUCUACUUUACAAAGUAAAAGCUAUGUUAGCUGCAAAUAAUUGUUCUGAGGCAUUUUGGAUGGGAAAUCUUAAAAAUAAGGACAUUCAUGGAGAAAUAAUUGCAAGUCAGGAAAGUGGUGAAGAAGAUGUGGCAGCAGAAGAUUGUGAUGAGCAAUUACCUGAAGAUGAUGAUAGUGAUGAUACAGAUGAUGAAAUGCUUAAUCCUAGUUCAAGAAGUAUCAGUGAUAUAGUUUGAUAAGUGUUUUGUUUAUUAUACAUACAUAAGUUUUGAUUGUUACUUUUAAAAUAUGUGCAUUUAAAUAAAGAACUAUAUUUGUACA